AUGAUUGACCAUGUGCUAGGGCGGCCGUCGUCCAAGUCGAGGCGGCUGCAAGUCCUCGCCGUUCUCUCGUUCUGGUCGUUUUAUCUUUACCGUGGAGGUAAACAUGGACCACCUGGCAUUGAGAAGCUUUCCAAGUUCUUUGGCAGAUAUCUCACCUCGUGGCAGGUGUUCGCCAUGUCCAUCUUGUCCAUGUAUGCGGCUCGCAACUUUAGUGCCCUUGUUGGCCUCGCAGGUCCGGAGCCAAUGGCCAACAUGUACGAUCCAACGUAUUUCCGCGCCACCUGGGUUUUGACCGCCAUGGAUGCUGGCUUUUGGACUGCCAUGCCCAUUCGCAUGAAGUGGCUCCGCGACAUUUGCAGCAUUUCCUUCUCCCUGUUCUACCUCGUUGCUGCGGAGCGAGCUGAUGAAAAGGUCCGCAAAGUCCGCGGUGCUAUUACAGUCGACCAUCUACGAGUGGCUUGGAACAAAGGAACCACCCCGUAUCUCAAGGUACUCCAGACUUUAAUGCGUCCUCGAUUUACGAAAUGGCCACCUCGACAGGUCAGAAUACCCCGCCCAUCAAACAGCGAUUACAAGGAACCUGUGUCUGCUUGGCUCUACUACGAUGGUCCGCUUGCCGACUUGGAACACCAUACAAAGUUGAUCCUCGAUAUACCUGGUGGAGGUUUUGUUGCCAUGGAUCCUCGCUGCAACGAUGACAAGCUCUUUGCCUGGGCGUCUAAAUCCGGUCUCCCCAUUUUGAGUCUUGACUACCGAAAAGCACCAGAGUAUCCCUACCCGUAUGCCUUGAAUGAGUGCUUUGACGUGUAUGCUACCUUGAUUCGAACCAAGGGCAAAUGCAUUGGCAUGUCUGGAAAAGACACUCCGAGAGUCAUCAUCACUGGCGACAGCGCGGGUGGUAAUCUGGCAGUUGCUGCCACACUCAUGAUUCUUGAAACAUCGAGCACACCUUUUCGACGUGCUCCACGGGGUACCAGUCUACCAGUGCCAGACGGACUGGUCUGCUUCUAUCCUGCGUUGGAUAUGAAUAUUGGCAACUGGAUGACGGACGAGCAAAUGUCAUUGAUCCGGGAUAAAACGAUGCGCAAAACCAACCGUCUCAUUGUUCGCAAGAAGAGUAGACAAUACAAUGACUUGGUUGGCACACCCCACCACUCUGACGAAGAGGACGACAAACUUGAGCCCGAAAACGGUACUGCCCAAGCGUCGGAUCCUUUGGAGCAGCUGCGCGGCACUCGCCCUGAAUUCUCCCACAGUCGACCACAAACCCUUGCCACUGAUAAGACACCAGACGGCAAAGAAGGCGUGGUAUCCCAUCGCUCUGAGCCUCUGACGACACGUUUGGCUACCUCUUCCAUGAUUUCAUACGUGAACGACCGAGUGCUCACCCCAGAAAUGAUGAGAGCCAUGAUCAUCUUGUACAUUGGCCCUCAUAACAGACCAGACUUUUCGCAAGACUACUUCCUUAGCCCUGUCCUUGCGCCAGAAUACCUCCUCGCCAAGUUCCCCAAGACAUACUUUAUGACUGGAGAGCGCGAUCCUCUGGUGGAUGACACGGUCAUUUUUGCUGGUCGCUUGAGACGUGCCAAGGAGGCAGCUGCUAGACCGACAGCCUCUGGAACGUAUCUGGCUGAGGCACGGGCCGCAGCUGAAGAGCUACCUGAAGUGCUUCUUAUCCCUGGAACAUCACAUGGUUUCAUGCAAUUCCCAGGUAUCUACCCGCCUGCAUGGAAACACUUUGAACGUAGUGCUGGCUGGUUCAACCAACUCUUCAUUGAGGCCGAGCAAGCUCGUCGCCGCAAAGCUCGCAGCUCAAUGGCAGCGCGCCGAAGCUCUCGCAAUGACGACACCGCUCGCCAGCAUAACCUUGCAGAGUCCAGUGGAGACGAGGACCGACCAUUGGAGAUUGGAAUGACCAAAAUCAAGAGCCGAGGAAACUCGAGCAGAUCCAACUCGCCCGAGGAAAACUGCCACGGGGCGAGAAAUAAAGAUAUAAAGGAUGACGAGGUUGAUAAACCCAGAACGAAGCUGAGCAAGCAUAAGAGUCUGGUCAAGUUGAACAGCACCGAUGAUCUGCUCAGUCGCAGAAUGCAGGGUGUUGCAAGUGGAUUGACAGGCCCUGCUGCCGAUGACUAA